ACCAACACUAUCUCCAUUCUGCCUAACACACACAUACACAUACACAUACACCCAUAUACAUACACAUUCUCUCUCACUCAGCACAACCAUGAUUUUACCACCUCCCCAGAAGAAAAGAACUCUUGCAAAACCUGCUUGAUCCUUGGGACUAUAAAUGCCACCUGCAUCAUCACCUGCAUUCUAAAGAGCCACUAUCAAGAACAGAAAGGUAUAAAAGAUACAGCAAAAUAUAUAUAGAGAGAUAAAACAACCCAGUUAGGCUCAUUAGGGCUUUUGUUACCAACAUCCCAGGAAGAGAGUGGGUUGGUGUGGAAAGGCAGCCUUUGUGCCCUCAGCCUUUCCAUGCAAGGCUCAAAUCUUUAGAGCCAAACGACAGAACAGUUCUGCUCUGGUAAUCUUCAAUUUGGGGGAGGGGGCUAUGCUGCUGUGAGGGAGAAGCUGGACCUCUGCUUGAACCCAUGUGCAUUUUGCUCAGUGACAGUUUUAAGAAGAAGGUUCUUGAUAAGAAUCCAGAAAGAUACUUUUAUCAGUCCAGGGAGUUAAAGGGUUGGAUCUCACUGUUUAUAAGGUUCCUCUGCUUAUUUUCUUCUCCCAUUCUGUAUGCCAACUUCCAGGCAACACCAACAAGCCUGUAGGACAUGCAGUGCUGCAGAACCCAAGCCAAAUGAUGAGGAUCUGGAGAUGAGAUAAUGAGAUCCUUCGCUUUGUCUUUAGAAAAGAAACAAAUUGAUACAUUGAAUCAGUUUGGUAGCCAGCUGUGUCGACUGAAUCAGGAGAAAGCUCAAUGGAUGGUCAUGAAUGAUAUAAUCUGGGAAUAGGAACUAGGAAUCAUCAUCAUCAUCAUUAUCAACCUAAAACCAAAAGAACAUAGAGCAUAAUUCAGACAAGAGGAACGAGAAGAAGACUAUAUAAUCAGCUAUUGAUUUCCAUAUCCAUUUAAUCUGGCAGUUUUUUUUCAUAUUAUGUCUGCACUCCGAAGGAAAUUUGGGGACGAUUAUCAGGUAGUCACCACUUCAUCUAGUGGCACUGGCUUUAAUCAAGCUGCUCCAAAAAAGAAGAGGCAGAGGUUUGUGGAAAAGAAUGGCAGGUGUAAUGUCCAGCAUGGGAAUCUGGGGAGUGAGACCAGCAGGUAUCUUUCUGACCUAUUCACAACCCUUGUAGACUUGAAAUGGCGUUGGAAUCUCUUCAUUUUCAUCUUAACUUACACAGUAGCUUGGCUCUUCAUGGCUUCCAUGUGGUGGGUCAUUGCCUACAUGAGAGGGGACCUUAAUAGAGCUCAUGAUGUGAACUACACGCCUUGUGUGGCCAACGUCUACAACUUUCCAUCAGCCUUCCUGUUCUUCAUUGAGACAGAAGCCACCAUCGGUUAUGGCUUCAGAUACAUCACUGACAAGUGCCCAGAAGGAAUUAUCCUCUUCCUCUUUCAGUCCAUCUUGGGUUCCAUAGUUGAUGCCUUUUUGAUCGGCUGUAUGUUCAUAAAAAUGUCUCAACCCAAAAAGAGAGCAGAGACUCUGAUGUUCAGUGAACACGCAGUAAUCUCCAUGAGGGAUGGCAAACUCACUUUAAUGUUUAGGGUGGGUAAUCUUCGAAACAGCCAUAUGGUUUCUGCACAGAUCCGCUGUAAAUUGCUCAAAUCUCGGCAGACACCGGAGGGUGAGUUUCUCCCCCUGGAUCAACUUGAACUGGAUGUAGGUUUUAGCACAGGGGCUGAUCAGCUUUUUCUGGUUUCCCCACUUACGAUAUGUCAUGUGAUAGAUUCCAAGAGUCCGUUCUAUGAGCUAUCUCAGCGAUCCAUGCAAACAGAACAGUUUGAAAUCGUUGUGAUCCUAGAAGGCAUUGUGGAAACCACUGGAAUGACUUGCCAAGCAAGGACAUCGUACACAGAAGAUGAAGUUUUAUGGGGUCAUCGUUUUUUUCCUGUGAUAUCCCUGGAAGAAGGAUUCUUCAAAGUAGACUAUUCACAGUUUCAUGCAACAUUUGAAGUUCCAACUGCACCUUAUAGUGUUAAAGAGCAAGAAGAGAUGCUUCUUAUGUCUUCUCCUUUAAUAGCACCAGCAGUAAGUAACAGCAAAGAGAAAACUCAUUCAGUAGACUGUCUGGACAGUCUCGAUGACAUUAGUACAAAAAUCCCUUCAAAACUGCAGAAAAUGACUGGUCGAGAGGACCUGCCCAAAAAACUUCUCAGGAUGAGUUCUACGACAUCUGAGAAAGCAUAUAGCAUGGGAGAUUUGCCAAUGAAACUUCAAAGAAUUAGUUCAGUACCUGGCAAUUCAGAAGAGAAACUGGGGCUUAAAACCACAAAGAUGAUGUGCGAUCCAAUGAGUCAAUCAGUAGCAGAUUUGCCACCAAAGCUUCAAAGAUUGUCUGGUGGUCGGAUGGAUGGAAACUUACCACCCAAAUUACGGAAAAUGAAUUCUGAUCGAUUUACAUAACACUAACUUUUAGCCAUUUAUCAAAGCUAUGGUUUGGAAAAGAAAUCCUCAAGUUAAUGGAGGAGAACCACAAGGAAUCGAUCUAAUGCAGAUCUUGCCAUAACGCAGGGUUCCUUGUUAUACAACAUAGAUUGGGCAAAAGUGUUAAUGAUGAGGUAGUAAAGACUGUACUGUACAUAUAGUGCUUUGAUAUAAGACCUAUUUUUCUUUAAUGGUCUUACUAGAACUGCAGUAAUACUAAUUGGCAUGUAGUAUCACAUCAAGCAUGCAAUAAUAGUGUGCAUAUUUUGCAAAUAGUUUUUUGGCAUGUUUCAUACUUUAUAUUGUAUAAUCAAGAAAUAUGAAAAGGGGCAUUACUUUCCCCAUAUUUUUUAAGACUAGUAGUUCUAUAUGAAGAUUGGUUAACUAUAAGGGCAAGAUUAUAUUUAUGUUUAUUUAUUAUUUGGGUUUAGACUGUAUAUAUCUGUCCAUGCAAGUCAUUUUAGAGCAUGUGUCCAUCACUGAAGCAGGAGCUAACUUACUAUGGGUGGACAAAUCAUUGGCUAUUCAUUUAAUGAAUCGCCAAAAAAUUUCACGCCAUCAUUUUAAAAAUUUUUGGAAACAAUUUCUAUUUUGCUAAGUGCAGAUUUUUCAACAUAUCAGGUGUUUUGUUAUCUAUUUUGUGGAUGUUUUCCAGAUGUGAUACCAGGAACAGAGCCAAAAUACUCAUGGAAUGGCCAUAGAGGACUUAAAACACAGCUAAAUCGAGUUAAUUCAUUUUUAAUAUUGUUUUUUGUAAAAUUCUGAUCAUAUCGUAACUAUAGAAAACAAAAGAUACAUUGGAAUUUCAUUUGUAACAGCCUAUAUAAUGCUAUAAAGUCACUCUGGAACUUUUUGUUUUGCUGUGUAUGUGUAUUAAUCCUCAAAAUAUUUGCACAUCCCCCUAUAAAAAAAAACACAAUGUGAAAGGGCUGUCUAAAAUUUAAUAAACUAUCUAUCCUUUACUAAAACAAUGUCUUAUUAUUGUUUGAUAAGUCUACUUUAAAUCACAAAUGCAUUAAACAACAGAGAGAAAAAUGAUGUCACAACACACGACUAUAAAAUAUAACAUUAAAAUAUUUUUUUAAUAAUGUUAGCAUUGAUCUGAUCUCAGUUUAGCUUGCAUAUACACAGCAAAUUAAGUUACAGUUGGAAAGGAAGUUACAGUAGGUACAAGGAAGACUGUUGCAUUGUUAAUGUUUCCUGGUGUAUUUUUAUUAAUAUGAGUCUAUGUCUAAUAUUUUACAAUAUUUUAAAAAGUAUUAUUUUUCAAAACUAUGUAUUAGCAUACGCACUGUUAAAAAUAAAAGUUCAUCUUAUUACGUAACAAAUGGACAAUGGAUAGCAUAACAUUUAAAACACCCAUUUGGCAAUAUCUAUCUAUCUAUCUAUCUAUCUAUCUAUCUA